AGCACUCCUCCCCCCUAAUACUUAUAAAUACUUGAUCCUUCCUUACCGAAUAUCUGUAUUGAUCUGCACUCUGCCAUGUACUCUUUGGGACUAUUGGUUUUGGCUGUCGCCACGGCGUCUCUGACAUCAGCAGCCCCUCAGUAUGGUUUCAACCCCAAGCCUGUCACCUACGUCAAGCCUAUCCUCAUCUUGAAGCAAAGCCAGGAUAACAACUUCGAUGGAACCUUCAACUACGAUUUUGAGUCAGAGAAUGGUAUCGCUUCUUCAGCCAACGGAUACGUGAAACAGAUCAGCCCCAAGGAGCAGGCUCAAGUCAUGCAGGGCCAGUACUCUUACAUCGCCCCUGACGGCACCCCAGUGGUCACCCGGUGGUACGCGGAUGAGACUGGGUUCCAUGCUGAGGGAGCCCACCUCCCCGUGGCACCCCCUGUACCUGAGGCCAUCGCGAAGUCCCUGGCCUACCAGGGUCCUAGGAUAGGACGGCGUUGAACAAAAGUCAACAGAUGACUCUCAAAUACGUGCAAUAUUCUUUUCAUUCUUAUUGUAAAUACUAAUUAUCAAAUACACCCUUUCCUUAAAA